AUGGAGUCCUUGUAUCCCAGGCCGAACAGCAGCGGGCCGAGGAAGAAGGAGGACAUGGAGGUGAGUCCUCCACAGCCCGAGUUCCACAGCCCGGCAAUGGACAGGAGCACCCAUUUGGACGUGGACCGUUCGUCGGGCAAGCAGCGCUCGAUGCCCCUGGACUCGACGCCGAGCGAGUCGACUUUGCGCGAGAUCGCUUGCAGGGUGCGGAGCAUUGGGAGAGAGAGUGGUUCAACAGAGGUUUAUAUAUUGGAUAGGGCAGGGAAUAGAUUCGAUAUCGGAUAG